ACACACAAAUACACACAUUAUAAAGUCACACACACAUAAGAAAGUAACGGAAAGAACGAGACAAAGGGAUGAGAGGAGUUGGACACAAACAGCUAUUCUCAAAAAAGUUUCUUUUAAACGAAAAUAAUUGGCGUCAUAGUCACCUCCACUUGUAGUCCCUUAGGGUUCCAGCCUCAUGAGCUUUAUUUAUUAUAGGGGUCAUAAUUAAAAUUUAUAAUAAGAGACAAAAUUAAAGUUAAAAACGUGAAUUUAUUUGUUCUGGUUGUUUUGGAACUGAGAGGUUUAGCUGUGAUGUCACGGUGAGUCACUUCUGAGGCGGAAGACAUCAUUUAUAUCCAGUAAGAGCGUAGUUUGCAGGUUCAGACAGAUAAAUCACACACACACACACACACGCACACGCACACGCACACACACACACACACACACACACACACACACACACACACACACACACACACGCAUUGCCUCCAAGGCUCCUGGAUAUCUGUUGCAAUGAGACUUUCUUCUGGAGGAUGAUUAAAUAGACAACGUGUAGUUUUUACUGUUAAUCUCUGGAAAUAUCAAUGAAAAUGCUGAAAGUGACUUAGACGAUGCCCAGUUGUUGACUAAUAUUGGCGGUUUUGUAACAUAAAAACUGGCUCUAAAAUACUUACGUCUUUGGGCGACGCCUUAUUAGAUUUUUUGUUUUCUCCUACGGGAGCCCGUGAGGACAAAAUGCUCUUACUAAUUCAUAACGAACAGUUACAAAACUUUCACCAUUGAUAAACAUUGUUUUACACAUUUGCCCCUUAAUUCGUUGCCAUGGAAAGGAGUCUGAUGUUUGUCAUCUUGCUGGAGGUUGAAGGCUCUGACGAAGCGCUUGUUCAAAAAUUGGACUCUCUGGGAUUUUUGACCCUAAUGGCCAUCCGUUGGUGAGGUGCUUCUGCGUCGUCGGUACAGAGACACGCAGCGCCAUUGCUAACGCCAUUAUCCGUCCUUGCGAGGACUCUCCAGCAGGCUUGCAAGGAUGGACAGAGUCAAGCACACUUUUCUAAAUAUCCGUCAAAUGAGAUGGAGAAUGCAAGCUUGUGAUUGGUCAGGAUUAGGGCUGCAACAACGAAUCGAUAAAUUCGAUGAAAAUCAAUUACUAAAAGCGUUGGCAACGAAUUGCGUCAUCGAUUUGUUGUGUUGCGCAACUCUUCCAAAAAAAAGGAGAGAAAUAACGUUUCCCUAGCAGUUUUUAAAAAUGUCCCUAUGUAAUCCGAUUAAUCGAUUAAUCGUGUCGAGACCCCAUCCGAUUCAUCGAUUAUCCAAAUAAUCGUUUGUUGCAGCCCUAGUCAGGAUGCCACUUUCGUCAGCAGCACCGCCAUUGUGCCCUCAUAAAGAGAGCCGAAGAUAUCUAGCCACAGACACGGAGCAGCUUGAAGAAAACCUCACAGAAAAUCUCAAAAAAUAUGAACGUCUUACUCACCCAUGACUGGAGGAGUAAAAAGAUGCACAGCAAGUGUUUUACUCCUGGAUGGAAAUGAUGGAAACGUGGGUUUAGAGGUGGCGAAAUAUAUGAGCACAUUAGUAAAUACCCUAUCGUGGAUGGGAAACAUGAGUGUAAUGGUGGUAGGAUACCACAAAAAAGCGCUACGCUAAGCCACUGUUUUCCUGGUGGGAAUUGUUUCGCAACACUCCGCUGUCUGCGCAGAAGUUCGUAUGUAAACCUUUCCGACACUCCAUGUGCGUCUCUACGUUGCGGAGCUCACAGAAAAGUAUAAAUCAGGCUUAACUCAAGCACAAAGUACUGCUUGGAACAACUUAGGUAUGUACUUCCCUAGGGCUGCACGAUAUUAGGAAAACCUGUGAUAUUCGAAAACAAUGAUUAAUAUUGCGAUGACGAUAUUACUUGCGAUAAAUUAAAACUUAACUCAGGAUCAAAAACAAUCAAAAACAGAGAAAUUAAAAAAAUCAUAAAAUUGAGAAAAGCAAAAUGUCUGUGCAAAAGUCGUGCAGCUCAGUUGAUUAUAGAAUUUUUUUAUGUAAUACAAAAAUGUCAAAGCUGUUAAACAAAGCAUUCAAAUAGCAGAGUAGAGGAAAACAACAGCGGAAUAAGGAUGACGGUAAGAUUUGAUCAGGAGAAAUCCAGGAGGGUGAUGACUGACGGGUAACAGGAUAACAGCUGAUUACAGGUGAAUACAGGUGAUUACAGGUGAGCACAGGUGAAUACAGGUGAUUACAGGUGAGCACAGGUGAAUACAGGUGAUUACAGGUGAGCACAGGUGAAUACAGGUGAUUACAGGUGAGCACAGGUGAAUACAGGUGAUUACAGGUGAAUACAGGUGAUUACAGGUGAGCACAGGUGAUUACAGGUGAAUACAGGUGAAUACAGCUGAUUACAGCUGAUUACAGGUGAGCACAGGUGAUUACAGGUGAACACAGGUGAAUACAGCUGAUUACAGGUGAAUACAGCUGAUUACAGGUGAAUACAGGUGAAUACAGGGGAAUACAGGUGAAUACAGGUGAAUACAGGUGAACACAGGCGAAUACAGGCGAAUACAGCAGAUUUCAGGUGAUUACAGGUGAAUACAGGUGAACACAGGCGAAUACAGUUGAAUACAGCUGAUUUCAGGUGAUUACAGGUUGAAUACAGGUGAAUAAAGGUGAAUACAGCUGAUUUCAGGUGAUUACAGGUGAAUACAGGCGAAUACAGGUGAACACAGGCGAAUACAGUUGAAUACAGCUGAUUUCAGGUGAUUACAGGUGAAUACAGUUGAAUACAGCUGAUUUCAGGUGAAUACAGGUGAACACAGGCGAAUACAGGUGAACACAGGCGAAUACAGUUGAAUACAGCUGAUUACAGGUGAUUACAGGUGAAUACAGGUGAAUACAGGCGAAUGCAGCUGAUGACAGGUGAAUACAGGUGAACACAGGUGAAUACAGUUUAAUACAGCUGAUUACAGGUGAUUACAGGUGAAUACAGGCGAAUACAGGUGAAUACAGGUGAUUACAGGUGUGAGGUGUAAGCUAAAGAGGAGCUAAAUAAGUUGUGGAGUUAGUGAUGUGAAUUAUGACUUUCGAUCCACGUGUCACCGGCCAAUGUUGUGCAUAAAUUAAUCUGAAGAAAGGACAAAAGGGACUUGAAAGACUAGAGAAGGCUUCAUUAGAAGUGGAAUCCUUCAAGUCAGAAAUAUUUAAUCUAGGGAUGGACAAUAUAUCGCCAUCAAUAUCGGUAUCGGCCAAUGUUAGUCAUUUUUAACAUAUCGGUAUCGGUUUGAUAAAUAAAACCGGGCCGAUAUGUUUUCCAUCUUGUCUCCAUUUGUUUGCCUGUUUCAGAGGGGGGAACAGUGAAUGAAAUCAUCUCAGAACUGUAAAUGUGUGUGGUGUGUGUACAUAACGUAAAUUCAGCUUUAAUCAUUUUCAUUUUAUACAAAAUCUGCUGAUUUUAUAAGCGUUAAUGUCAGAAUAUCGGUUUCGGCCAAUAUUGGUUAUCGACCAUAACAAUGAUCUUAAUAUCGGUAUCGGCCCAAAAAUUUCAUAUCAGUGCCUUGAUUGACCUGAACCGCAAGUCAAUCAUUAAAAGAAAAGUCCAGAAGACCUUCAGAAGACCUGGAAAACUGUUUGCUCAACGGCACUCAAACAAUUACAAGGAAUUUGGCUUCUUGGAAGUGAAAAGGUUUUCUGUGUUGUUUAGAAGAAGUCCUCGGUAGGACUGCAGAAGCGGAUCGGAACAAGACAUUAUGAGAUUUUUCGUGAGACGCUGUUGCCAGGGGCAACAUUUGAACCCUUAACACCUAGGUUGUGACAUCGUCCAUGUUUACUAACAGUAAAGUUUAAACUGGUUAGAAUAUAUGUGUACACAGUUUUAUUACAACUGUUUGUGUCUGAACUGUUUAAUUAGUCACAUUUAAACCAAAGCUUAACACAUUCACACGUUUAAAUGAAACCAAAGUUGUACCUGAUGUGUGUUUGCAGAGAUAAUCGACACAUUUUUGUUUAUUAGAAAAAAACCUGAACUUUUUGGGCUAAUUUAAGCCCAGAACACACGAAUAACUCCAACUAAAGUACACAUUAGCUGUCACAAACCUGGGAUUCUGUCUCCAUUUAGCUCUCAGACUUGCAUACAUUGAAUGAUAUAGUUUGUGUCACAGCUGAUGAGCUGAGUUCACAAUCAAAAUGUCAGCGUUUUAUUAGGUAAGAUGAGAAGAGGAGCGGCUUUUGUGGCCCAAGAGGUCGGGUGAAUAAUUCAGAGGUUGAUUGUUUUGGUCUUUUUGGCGCGGCGUGCUCGCUUCAAAGCACUCAUGUUGUCAUAACGUGCCCCCCCCCCCCCCCCCAUUUUCCACCUCGGUGUUGUGCUAAUUUCUGCCAUGAGGGAGGAGGAGACUCAUUUUCAGGUCAGACCAAAACACGACAAUAAAAGUUUCUGGAGGAGAUCCGCGUCUGUCUCUGUUCCAAAGGGAGCGUUCUCCUCAGACAUGGGAGCGGUGCUCCAGAGUCAUCAUCCACAUGUCCCGGCAGGAACACUGAUUACAAAAUCACUGGGAGGUGUGUGUGUGUGUGUGUAUUAAUCAGUAACCUACAGGAACCUUGAAACAAAACCAUCACAAACACUAUUUCACUGCUGUUUUCUGUCUGGAUCUGGUGAGAUUUAAUUAUUUCUCCAGUCAGCUGAACACAUUAUGGCUGACAGAUACGAGCAACGUGGAAAUCUGAUAGAAUAAAACUAAUAAACAAUCAUCAGGCUGCAGCCGUACUGUUAGUGGGUUUUCCUCACUGUGCAAACAGGAGCCGUUAGGAGGUAAUCUUCCAGGUACAGAAGACACGAGGCAAACCGAGGCGUGGUCGGGGACACGAGAGUUGGAGGCGCACCAAAAAAAUCAGCUGACCAGAUUCAGGUGUAGGGUCCCCGAACCCCAAACAGAGAUGGAAACAGAUUGUUAGAAUGGACAGAUAACAGGAGAGAUAAGAUGUCAUUCUUUGGUCUGGAUUGUCUCACAAAGACAGAAAGAGAGCUGGAGAGAAAACUCAGAGCCAACGACCGCGAGCACAAUCGCUCCUUCAGAUAUGCGACGAACGCCAUCAAAACCUCUAAGUACAACUUCUUCACCUUCCUUCCUCUCAACCUGUUCGAACAGUUUCAGAGGAUCGCUAACGCCUACUUCCUCGUGCUGUUGGUGCUUCAGGUCAUCCCUCAGAUCUCCUCACUGUCCUGGUUCACCACUGUCGUGCCCCUCAUCCUCGUGCUCACCGUCACCGCUGCCAAGGAUGCCACUGACGACAUAAAUCGCCACCGAAGCGACAACCAGGUGAACAACAGGAAGGUUCAAGUGCUCAUAGACAGAAAGCUGCGGAGUGAGAGAUGGAUGGACGUCCAGGUUGGAGACAUCAUCAAACUGGAGAACAACCAGUUUGUUACGGCCGACCUCCUGCUUCUCUCCAGCAGCGAACCGCUCAACCUGGUGUACAUCGAGACAGCAGAACUAGACGGAGAGACGAACCUGAAGGUGCGACAGGCCCUGCCAGUGACCGGAGAACUGGGAGAUGAUAUUGAAAACUUGGCAAAUUUUAAUGGCGAGGUACGCUGCGAACCUCCCAACAACCGCCUGGACCGUUUCACAGGAACGCUGAGCUACGGCGCUCAGAAGUACCCUCUGGACAACGAGAAGAUCCUCCUGCGAGGCUGCACGCUGAGGAACACCGGGUGGUGCUUUGGGCUGGUGCUGUUCGCAGGCCAGGAGACGAAGCUGAUGCAAAACUGCGGGAAGAGCACGUUCAAGAGGACGAGUGUGGACCGCCUGAUGAACGUUCUAGUCCUCUGUAUCUUUGGUUUCCUCGUCUUCAUGUGCACCAUCCUGGCUGUAGGAAACUACAUCUGGGAGAUAAACAAAGGCUCAAACUUCACCGUUUUCCUGCCGCGGGAGAAUGACAACAGUGCUGGUUUCUCUGCUUUUCUCACCUUCUGGUCCUACAUCAUCAUCCUCAACACCGUGGUGCCCAUCUCUCUUUACGUCAGCGUGGAGAUCAUUCGGCUGGGGAACAGCUUCUACAUCGACUGGGACAGGAAGAUGUACUAUUCCCGCAGCGACACGCCGGCCGAGGCUCGUACCACCACGCUGAACGAGGAGCUCGGCCAAAUCAAGUACAUCUUCAGUGACAAAACGGGAACGCUCACGCAGAACAUCAUGAUCUUCAACAAGUGCUCCAUCAACGGCAAAUCCUACGGAGACGUGUACGACUACACCAACCAGAGACUUGAAAUUUCAGAGCAGAAAGACGCGGUGGACUUCUCCUUUAACCCCCUGGCUGACCCCCGCUUCGUGUUUUACGACCACUCCCUGGUGGAGGCGGUGAAGCUGGAGAACCCAGAGGUCCACGCCUUCUUCAGACUUCUGGCGCUCUGCCACACCGUAAUGGCCGAGGAGAAGAAAGGUGAGCUUCUCUAUCAGGCCCAGUCACCAGAUGAAGGAGCGCUGGUGACCGCAGCCAGAAACUUUGGGUUUGUCUUCCGCUCACGAACACCAGACAGCAUUUCCAUCGUGGAAAUGGGGAAGCAGCAAAGCUACCAACUCUUGGCCAUCCUGGAUUUUAACAACGUUCGUAAGAGGAUGUCGGUCAUCGUACGAAGUCCAGAAGGGAAGCUGUGUCUUUACUGCAAAGGUGCCGACACCAUCGUCUACGAGAGGCUUCAUCAGUCCUGCAGCAAGAUGAUGGACGUCACAACCGAGCACCUCAACGAAUUUGCAGGAGAGGGCCUGCGGACUCUGGCUCUUGCCUACAGGGAGUUGGACGAGGACUACUUCAUUCAGUGGAAACAGCGCCACCAUGAGGCGAGCAUAUCGCUGGAAGACAAGGACGGUAAACUGGACGAGCUGUACGAGGAGAUCGAGAAGGACCUGCUGCUGCUUGGAGCGACGGCCAUAGAGGACAAGCUACAGGACGGCGUUCCUCACACCAUCGAGCAGUUGUCCAGAGCAGACAUCAAAAUCUGGGUUUUAACUGGGGACAAGCAAGAAACUGCAGAAAACAUCGGCUACUCGUGCAACUUGCUGCGAGAAGAGAUGAACGAGGUUUUCAUCAUCUCAGGAAACUCGUCUGAGGACGUCAGAGAAGAGCUGAGAAAUGCACAGACCUCCAUGAAGCCAAGUGCAACGGAGAACUCUGGAGCUUCCCCAGAAGAGACGAGUGAGAGCGUGAAACUGGUGAAAGACGAGGCGGUUAGUGGAGAGUACGGCCUCGUGAUCAACGGACACAGUCUGGCAUUCGCCCUGGAGCGCAGCAUGGAGCUGGACUUCCUCAGGACGGCCUGUCUGUGUAAAUCUGUGAUCUGCUGCAGGGUGACUCCUCUGCAGAAGGCUCAGGUGGUCGAACUGGUCAAGAAAUACAAGCAGGUGGUCACGCUGGCCAUAGGUGAUGGAGCCAAUGAUGUCAGCAUGAUCAAAGCUGCUCACAUCGGUGUGGGCAUCUCGGGUCAGGAGGGCAUGCAGGCGGUCUUGUCCAGCGACUACUCCUUCGCCCAGUUCCGUUUCCUGCAGCGCCUCCUGCUGGUGCACGGACGCUGGUCCUACCUGCGCAUGUGCAAGUUCCUGCGUUACUUCUUCUACAAGAACUUCACCUUCACCUUCGUGCACUUCUGGUUCGCCUUCUUCUGCGGCUUCUCGGCACAGACGGUGUACGAUGAGUGGUUCAUCACACUCUAUAAUCUAAUGUAUACAGCUCUACCUGUGCUGGGAAUGAGUCUGUUUGACCAGGAUGUUAACGACGUGUGGAGUUUCCAGCAUCCGGAGCUAUACGUUCCCGGUCAGCGGAAUCUGUAUUUCAGCAGGAAAGCCUUUUUUAAGUGUGCCAUCCACAGCUGCUACAGCUCGCUGGUGCUCUUCUUCAUCCCCUACGCUGCGCUGAGCGACACAGUGAGGGACGAUGGGAGCGACGUUGCCGACUACCAGUCCUUCGCUCUCCUCACUCAGACGUGUCUGCUGUUUGCAGUCAGCAUCCAGUUGGGGUUGGAGAUGUCCUACUGGACGGCCGUGAACACGUUCUUUGUGCUGGGCAGUUUGGUGAUGUACUUUGCCGUCACGUUCACCAUGUACAGUAAUGGAAUGUUCCUCUUCUUACCGUCGGCGUUCCCGUUCAUCGGAACUGCUCGAAACUCUCUGAACCAGCCCAGCGUCUGGCUGACGAUCCUCCUCACCUCCAUCCUGUGCGUCCUUCCUGUGGUCACGUAUCGCUUCCUGUUGACUCAGCUCUGUCCUACCGUCAAUGAUAAGGUGAUGUUCAAGGUGAGACAGGCCAAAGUGACUCCUCCCCCUCCCCCUCGACGGGCUCGAAUUCGCCGCACCAGCUCCCGCCGCUCAGGCUACGCCUUCUCUCACGCUCAGGGCUACGGAGAUCUGGUGACGUCCAAUCGCUUCCUGCGACGUCCCGCCGUCUCGCUAGCUUCGGGCUUUCCCCCUGUGGGUCGGACCACCACCGGCUUCAGUCCCAUGGGACGGUCGGCCGGUUACAGCCCAACGGGACGCCCUCAGAACUCUAAGGUUCCAGAUGUGGAGGGGACCUCGCUGCAGAUGUUCAGGACCAUCGCGGACCCUCCUCUCUGACACAAACAAGAGCAGUCAGAACACUUUCACUGAAGACUCUAAAAGUGCACCAUCUUCACGUUCCGAUGUCAUCUCACCGAGGGGAAACGGACGGGGGAGUUUUUGUGUUUACAGGCGGCCCAGAGUUUAGUCAUCCUGGGUGUCAUGGCAGAACUCUGUCCAGGAGGAACAACCAGCUACUCCACGCUGCCUCAAGUAUUUAACUUCCGUUCUUAAAACAUUUUAUUUUCAUAUCCUGGAAUAAGUGGGCAGCCAGCAGUUUGUGUUGCUAGGCAGAGGAAAAAAACUUUAUUUCAACAGUUUUACGCUGAGAAUUGAUCAUUUUUAGCCUUUUUUUUAGCUCUUAUAGUACAUUUAGACCCUUGAAGCUUGUUUCACACCAAACACGGAAUGGAUGCCGCUGGUUUCGACACGACUUCUGCAGAAAUCAUCGAGUCCAAUUAAAGCAUUCACACCGACGACGACGCAAACACAGAUACGGAGCCCCGGAAAUUUUCAGCAUGGAGUGUAAGUUUUUCCCCCACGCCACAUGUGGAUUUUGAUGAAGUUGAAGAAAUGACCCAGACAGGAAGGGUAGAGCCCUGCACGGGCCUAAAAUCUGAGCCCGUGCCCGGCCCGAGGGGGUGGAGCCCCAACCCGACCCGAGGGGGUGGAGCCCCAGCCCGACCCGAGCCUGACUUUUUUUUAACCUUUGAUGAUGUUUUAGCGUGAUAGAACGCUCAGCGUUCUAAUUAUCUGUGAGAAGCGUUCUGCAGUAAAAAAGAAAAGAAAAGAAAGAAAGACGGCAUCAAUGCAGCUUUUUUUUCUAACAGAGCGUAUUUUUCGAGCGGCAGAUGAAAUUUACGAACACUAUAUUAAUUGGAUGCAUUUGUAAAUUUAAUCUGCCGCUCUGAAAAUGCGCUCGUGUGCAAUUAGAAAAAAUAGCAGCAUUCUAAUUUUCUAACUGCAGAGCGCAUUUUCAGAGCAGCAGAUUAAGUAAACGCCCCCAAUUAAUACAGCGUUUGUAAAUUUAAUCUGCCGCUCUGAAAAUGCGCUCUGCAGUUAGAAAAAAAUCCAGCAAUGAAUGCUGUAUAUUUUAACUGCAGAGCGAAUUUAUUCACAGAAAAAUAGAACGCUGCCGUUUUCAUGAGAAUAAACGAAUGGUUUCUGACAUCAAAGUGCACUCUUAAAAAUAAAGGUUCCAGUUAGAACCAAAGAUGGUUCUUCACAGUGAUGCCAUAGGGGAACCUUCUUCGGUUCUCCAAGAAACCUUUUGCCUAUUGGUUCCUCAAAGAACCAUUUAUAAAUGGGUUCUUUGAGGAACUUUUAUUUGGUUCUCUGUGGAACCUCACAUAUAGAACCUUUUAGGGUUCCACAAAUAACCAUUUAUCAAAAGGUUCUAUGAAGAACUAAUUUAAUUGGGUGCUUCAGAGAACCGAAAAAAGUUCUUUAAAGAACAUCAUUAGAUUCUCUGUGGAACCUUAAAAUCAGAACCUUUUAGGGUUCCUUAAAUAACCAUUUAUCAAGGGGUUCUCUGAAGAACUAAUUCAUUUUUAUGUCCAUGGACAUAAAAUGGCAUAUUAGACUAGGGGCACAUGUUUCAGUCAGCAGUUUGAGAAUUCGUUUAUAUCGGCGCGUUUAUAAACCACACACACCUUAACUGAGCUAACGGGUACCGGUGCGUGAGAAGCAGGGUGGUGCUGCUGCGUUCAAGUGUUUCAGUUUUUUUUUUAUUUUUUUAUGAAUUCGAUUAAAAAUAAAGGCGCCCGGCCCGGCCCGUAUCCGAGGUAAUUACACAGUCGUUGGCCUGAAGCCCGGCCCUCGAGCCGUCGGGCCGGGCCGACCCGAGGGCCGGGCUUCAGUGCAGGGCUCUAAGGAAGUGAGACCUGGUUCAGCGAGGUGUUUCUUCCAAAAUAAAAGCUCAAACGGCCUGCAUGGUGGUACAGUGGUUAGCACUGUUGCCUCGCAGCACGAAGGUUGCAGGUUCGAAACUCGGCUGCGGCCUUUCUGCGUGGAGUUGCGUGUUCUCCCCAUGAAUGCGUGGGUUUCCUCCGGGUACUCCGGUUUCCCCCACAGAUCACAACAUGCCCUACAGGUUAUAAACUGUAAGUCGCUUUGAUGAAAGCGUCUGCUAAAUGAAUAAACUCAAACACAAACUUGAAUUAUACGGCACUUUAUCCUACAGUACACGCAACUCAAAGUACUUAACAAAUUAAAAAGGCCCCGCAUACCCACAUUUCCUCCCAUGCCCAGAAAGUUAAAAACAGUCUGACAAUAAAAACCCUUCACAACACUCGUCUUCCGGCACUCACGCACACACACACACACACACGCACACACACACAUGGAAAAAACACGAUGGGCUGAGAUCAGAUGAGCAGACCAGCUAAGAUAAGGAUAAGGAAACGCCAUCAAGGGAGCCAUCCGCCCCGACAGCAGCAGCCGAGGCACCGACACAGGGCGCCCCAGGGCAGGGAGGGCGGUGACCCUCACCUCCACCCAGGCACACCUGGAAAGCACCCAGGCCGCCACAGCCGUGUUGUUUUAUUUUUGGCAGCUUUUGUUUUUAUAUUGUUGAUGAUGGAGAUGUCAGGGUACGAUGGUUCCUGUUUUUUACAGGCAUAUUUUUAAGUGUUUUAUGUUGGUUUUGUAGUGAUUUGAUGCACUUGUGGGAGCAGAUUUCUGGAGACAGUCACGGACCGCAGUCUUUCCGGAAGCUGUGUGGAAACCGGAGCGCCUCCGUGCCUCAUUCGGUGUGAAACAGGCUUAAAGAAAAGAUUGUAUUCAUAUUUGAGGAAACUUGCAGAUCUGAUGCUCCGCAGGUUAUGCUGUGUAAGCUGCAAAACAUUGAAUUAGCUUUUAUUAUUUAUUUUAUCUAACAAAACGGCUUGGUAGGGUGUGGAUCUCAAGGAAUUCUCUGAAGAGAAUGUGGAGUUGAGCUGAGCUGGUUUGGAUGUCCGACUGGGAUACUUUUGGUCCUCCGGAGGUUUUCCAAGGGAGUCUCUGGGAGGGAAACCGGAGCAGACCCAGGGUUUGGUGUCUGGUCUGGGAACUCUUUUCCCAGAAGAAUCCACAGAGAAGGAUGUCUGGGAAUAAUAUGAAAGGUCUAUGGAGCAUAUUAAACAGUGUAAUAAAAAAGGGCUGUAAACAAUCUAAUCCUAAAUAUUUUGUUAUUAAUAAUAUAUAAAAGUAUGAUAUGAAAGAAGUGGCUCACAGAAUGAAUACAUGUUUUAUAAAUGUUGGACCUGAUCUUGCUGAUAAAAUUCCUGACCCAGUAACAACUGCAAAAGAUGCGGAAAAUUUUAUAAACCGAAAUCUGAUUUCAUUCUUUCUCAAGGCUGUAGAUGAAAGAGAUAUUAUAAAUACUGUGGCUUCCUGUAGGACUAAAACAUACGAUGGAAUAAAUAAGAUUGCGAUUAAAAAGGUGAUAGAGGAGAUUUCAAAACCACUAGCAUAUAUUUGUAAUUUAUCCUUGCAGACCGGUACAUUUCCAGAUAAAAUGAAAAUAGUUAAGGUCAUUCCUGUGUACAAAACUGGGAACAAGCACCAAUUCACAAAUUAUAGACCUGUAUCUUUAUUACCUCAAUUUUCCAAAAUCCUGGAAAAACUCUUUAAUAACCAAUUGGACAAAUUCACUGAAAAAUAUAAACUACUCGCGGAGAGUCAAUAUGGGUUCAGACCUAAAAGAGAAACAAAAAUUGAUGCAGCUGAGGGAAUCAGUAACUCAACUCACCAAAAACAUUAUGCACUGGGAAUUUUCAUAGACUUAAAAAAGGCGUUUGACACAAUAAACUAUAGUAUUAUUAUUUAAAAAACUGGACCGGUAUGGCAUCACAGGGAAAUCAUUAGAUUGGCUUCCAAGUCAUCUAUCUGGAAGGAAGCAGUUUGUAAAACUAGAUGGUGUUUGUUCAUCCUGUUAGGAUUUUACAUGUGGCGUUCCACAGGGGUCGGUACUGGGCCCUAAACUAUUUUUAACGUACAUUAAUGACAUACGUAAUGUUUCCCAAGUACUUCUUAAGAUGGUUCUAUUUGCUGAUGAUACCAACAUAUUUUGCUCUGGUAGUGACUUACAGCAUCUAAUACAAGAGACGAAUGCUGAAUUGAUCAAAUUAAAAUCAUAGUUGGAUAGGAAUAAACUAUUGCUAAAUGACAACAAAACAAAACUAAUCAUUUUUGGUAGACAUAACACUAAUAUGAAUUUGAAUGUACAGAUAGAUGGAGUAAAUAUUGAAAGAGUGAAGGAAACAAAAUUCUUAGGGGUAAUUAUAGAUGAUAAAAUUAAUUGGAAACCAUAAAUUAAAUAUGUGCUAGAUAAAAUUUCAAGAUCAAUUGCGGUAUUAAACAAAGUGAAAUAUAGCGGUUUGGGGUAAUAAUUACAUUAGUGCAAUCCAGCCAUCAAUGAUGUUGCAAAAGAAAGCAAUACGAAUCAUUCAUAAGGUAGGAUAUAGGGAUCACACCAAUAAAUUAUACAGUCAACACUCUUAAAAUUUAGAGACAUUGUAGAAUUGCACACAGCACAAAUAUUAUUUCUAGCCAGAAACAAGCUAUUACCAGAAAACAUCCAAAAAUUAUUCAUUGAGAAGGAAGGGGGUUAUUAAUUGUGGGAACAAUUUCACUUCAGAAUUCCUUUUGCACGUACAACAAGUAAAACCUUUUGUAUUUCGGUGUGUGGAGCAAGACUGUGGAAUAGGAUGGUGGGGACACUAAGGAAAUGUGUUACUAUGAUUCUGUUUGAAAAUAAAUACAAAAACAACAUUUAUACCAGGUACAGAAUGGAGGACAGUCUGUUUUAAUUAAUUACUAUUAUUAUAUUAACAUGGACAUUAUUAUGGUAAAUGUAUUUGAUAUAGCGCCUACUAGAGUCCUGGAACCCCCCAAGGCGCUUUACAACACAACCAGUCAUUCACACACACACAUUCACACACUGAUGGUGAUGAGCUACGAUGUAGCCACAGCUGCCCUGGGGCGCACUGACAGAGGCGAGGCUGCCGAGCACUGGCGCCACCGGUCCCUCCGACCGGUGGCGCCGCAGGCAACGUGGGUUAAAGUCUCAUUAGUUGUCUCACACACAGGUGUGUGUGCGAAAUUUGUUCUCUGCAUUUGACCCAUCCCCUGGGGGAGCGGUGAGCUGCAGACACAGCCGCGCUCGGGAACCAUUUGGUGGUUUGACCCCCCAAUCCAACCCCUUAAUGCUGAGUGUCAAGCAGGGAGGCAUUGGGUCCCAUUUUUUCAAAGUCUUUGGUAUGACCCGACCAGGAAUCGAAUCCCUGAUCUCCCAGUCUCAGGGCGGACACUCUACCACUAAAGUGUCUUGCCCAAGGACACAACGACAGCGACAGAGUGAGCGGGGCUCGAAUCUGCAACCUUCCGAUUACGGGGCGAGCUCUUAACUCCUGUGCCACCGUCGCCCAGGCAUAAAAAUAAGCAUUUUGCUUCUGCCUGAGUCUUUUCAGUCACUUUGAAUGUAAUGAUUUAUGUUUUAUGAUUAUAUUAUGUUUUGUUAUAUUUCUGACUGAAUAAAUCGAAUACACAAUAUAUAUAUAUAUAUAUAUAUAUAUAUAUAUAUAUAUAUAUAUAUUCUCCUGGAUCAAGCUGAAUGUACUGACACGACUCUCAUGGAGGUUCUGUAAGAUGUUUGAGGUUUAGCUUUUUCAUUUUGUUCCAUUUAGGAAAAAAAUGCCGAAAGUCAAAUAAAUAGUUGUAAAAUGGUCCUUUUUCACCACAAAGUGACAUUUUUCAUCUGCAUUUCAUUUAGCAACGUUUGUAGCUCAUAGCCGUCGUCCAGGAAGACCCGUUUGUUUCUGCCUCUCGUUCAAAGGAGCGUUAGCUAAACUGACAUUUUUAGCGGCAGCUAGCAGAACAUAAGACAGCAAGCAUGCAACCUUAGAUUAAAAAAAAACUAGAACUUUUUCGAAAAUCAAUGUAGAGAAAACGAAUCCGUAGUCACAAACGGUGCCUUCCUGGGACAGGAAUGAGUUGCAGCAUGUAUUUUGUAUAGUUUGUUUUGCCACAAGCAGAGUUUAUGGUUAUAGUUACCCGAACAGGAUUGUUAGCACUGCUAUUCUGUAAUUUUGCAUCAUUUUAUACUUUAAAAACCUUUUACUGCAAUAAAAAAGGACAAAAGAUGCAAA